AUGUUGUUAGGGUUGUUGUGUAUUUGGGUGAUUUCGGCCUACGGAAUUGAUGAUCGAAAAGCAUCAGUGGCCGAACAUGAAAUUUCAAUUCUUUUUGUGAUUUUAUCACAAAAUGCUGACUACGAUGCUCACAAAACUUCGGUUUUAUUCAGUUCAUUGAAAGGACAAAUUUCGGAGAAUUCAAAUUUGCAUGCCGAUAUUCUGAGAACACAUGAGGAUCUGCCGGAACUAACUGGAGCUUGGGCAGUUUGGCCAAUGCUGGAAAGUCUAUCUCGAAAAUAUAAAGAAACGUGGGAUUGGUUAUUUAUCUGUGAGCCAGAUACAAUGGUGAAUAUUAGUGCUUUGGUCGGAUACCUGAAUUCUUUUGAUCGUAAUGUAGGUCAUGCAGUUGGACGAGGAUUAACUGAUAAAACGAAUACAAUAAUUCACCAUUUUUUCAAAUAUGAGGAUGAUGAGCAGCACUUUUUUUAUCCUGACUUUUCUACUGGACUAGCACUUUCGUGGACUUUACUCAAAAAUGAUGGUGCCCUUGUCUGGAGAGGUUUCACUAUUGAUGCAAAGCAUGAGUUUGCCAGGCUAUUAAAAGACAAACGCGGUGUCAGAUUAAACAAUACGCUGUCUUUCUGCCUUUUGGAACACGAAUCGCAGUGUAUUACUCGAUAUGUACAACCGGACUUUCAGUGCAUGAGUAAAAUAACCAACAACGAUGUCUAUUUUGCAAUCAAAACCUUCAGCGAGUUUCAUAAAACCCGUAUUGUAAUUGUAAAACGAACUUGGGCGAAAACAGCGAAAUUUGUAGAAUAUUUUAGCGAUAUGGAAGAUCAUUAUGUACCAACUAUAAAUCUUGGUAUUCAAAAUACUGAAAGAGGACACUGUGGAAAAACUUUUGGUAUAUUGUCAUAUUAUUUGAAAAAUGACGAAAUGGUAAAAAGGAGGUGGUUGGUGAUAACAGAUGAUGAUACUUUGAUAAGUGUUCCAAGACUAUAUGAACUUUUAUCAUGUUAUGAUACAAAGAAGGAAAUAAUUAUUGGUGAAAGAUACGGUUAUGGUUUUAGUGCUGAUGGUCGUGAAGGAUAUGAUUAUCCAACUGGUGGUUCUGGAAUGAUAUUUUCGCGAAAAGCUGUAGAAAAGAUUACAGCGUCCUGUGGUUGUCCGAGUAUCGAUUCACCUGAUGAUAUGAUUAUUGGUAUGUGUGCCCGUCGUCUUGGCAUCCCCAUAAUUCACUCUGCAGCCUUUCAUCAAGCUCAGCCGGGCGAUUAUUCAGAAUUGUACCUUAAGCGAAUACGGCCUAUAUCAUUUCAUAAAUUCAUGAAUAUAGAUCCAUAUGAAGUUUACAUGGAACGCCUAUAUGAAUCGUCCGCCCAAACAGCUAGUCGCCCAGUACAUUCCGAGUUAUGA